GAAAUAAUUAUGUCAAUUUAAAAUAAUUAUAUUAAUUUAAAAUAAUAAUUGUGUAAAAUAUAAAUUUAUGAGUGAAAAAUGAGGAUUUGGUGAGUAAAUUCGGUUGGUGGAUGAAUGAUGAGAAAUAAUGUCAUUAUGCGGAGUAUCACAGUUAUUUAGUGAUGAGCAUAACGAGUGUCCAGCGGAAUGCCCGUUUUGGGCUCCAAGUUCCGUCUGGAAGUACAUUGGAGUGUGUUCUGAAGGCGAAGUGUGCAGAAGCUUUAACCCGAUCCUGAAUUACGCUGAUUCCUUCAACAACGUAUGCCUACCUUGUAAAGUAUUCGGAUGUGUGUCAUGUAAAUACUCAAAUGACCUUGACUCAGUGGUUCCAGUGACCGACAGUCUUAAGAAGCUUCCAGAUUACUGUAUAGAAUGUGCUAAGGGAUAUACGCGUUCAGAGGAUGGAACUUCUUGUUACAUUGUCGGCUCAAAUCUGUGGUCGAAACUGUUCUAUUUUAUCAUUUUUUGCCUUCUUGUCUCCGUCGCAGUUGUGACUUUAAGGGUCCUGGUUAACCGUGACAAGUUCAGAGCUAACUUUAAGAACCUGGUAAACGCCUUAAAGAACCAGCAAAGACAACUUUUGAGAGACUUCAAUGAUUCGGAGAACAGAUUAUAUAAACUUUUUACUGAUAUGACUAACCAAAAUCUCUCAGGUUUAGGGCUAAUUUUAUACUUUAGGAGUCUGGGAUUUUUGGUAAUUGUAAUGUCACUUCUCUUCUUUGUAAGCUUAGCACACGUACAUAUUCCUUGUUCUAACAUGAUAAGGCUUUUUAAGGAUCCUUUUAGAGUUUACUACUUUACCAAGGCAAAACACGUCCCUCGCAGUUUUAUCGCAAACUUCUUCGCCAAAAACGCAAAUAAACUUGUCGACGAUAUUUUUAACUUUAAGAGCGUGGAUGAGGCGAUUAACUGGAAUGUUACGCAGUACUCAAUUGAGAUUUCAGGUGUAAUGUAUGUUUUAUACGUCUCAGUCAUGGUCAUGACUGUGGUUUACUUCGUCUCACAGCGCAGAGCAAUUUUGAAAUUCAUGAGCAAAUCUUCGAAAAUGAGAGACCUGACCCUUGUAAUAAAGAACCUUCCAGGCACACUCACAGACGAGGAACAAAUUAAAGAUAUUAUAUACAACUCCACAAAUAUCCGGCCAGUCAUGGCAACAGUCUGCUAUGACCUGAAACGAGAAAAAAAACUUGUUUCAACCCUUAAUCAAACCAUCGAAGACUUCAACCACUCCAAUCAAACCCACGAUUCUUACAUAAGUUUGGAUGGUAUGGAGGAUAUGAAUGAGUUUUUUAGUAAUUUGGAGAGUUCCGGUGAGUGUUUUUUGACAUUUGAGAGUACGUUAGACUGUAGGUCAGUUUUAGAAAGGUUCCGAAGUAGCGAGUUUGAGCUGUACCAGUGUGAGGUGGAGCCUGAGAACAUCGUGUGGGAAAACAUAGGCUACGAAAACCAAGUUAAUAGAAAAGUGUUUGGCAUCUCAAUGGUGACAAUCGCGAUUCUGAUGGGUUACAUAGUGUUAUUUUUUGUACCGUAUGCUUUUUACACUAUCACCUCACCUAUGACGCAUAUUCUGGAAAUUAUACUCCUGGGUCUGUUUGUGGAUUUUGGGAAUACUCUCAUCUCAGUGAUUCUGAGGAACCUGAUUGACAAGGCUGGGAUCAUAAACAAGGACGUGGUUGACAGUUACCUGAUGUUCUGCAACUACUUCAUUCGGCUGAUUAACCUGGUGCUUAACGUUGUUUUAUCGCAUUUCAUUAACUAUGGAGGUCGAAGUAAGGCGCUUUCAUUUCUGGAACGUAAAGCUCAUCUGAUAUCUCCUACCUUUAGGGUGGGCGAGGAAGUAUCAUUUGGGCUGAGUUUUAGCAUUUACAUUGUCAACGUUUUAUUACUGAUCCCAAACGUUAUUUUUCUUUUUGUACAUUAUUUGAUUCCCAUUUUCAGCUCAUUCCUUGUUUUAACACUUGAUUUCGACUCCAAACGCGCAACGAAAUUGAUGGAAUACUCGACUUUUAACAUCUCCAGCUACUACUCAGACGACAUGUCAAAUAUCACCUUCUGCCUCUUACUGUUCUUUCUCAUAAAGGACCAGAAACAAGGCUCACUGGUCUUUUUUGCAAUACUCUUCUCUUAUAUCCUCAACUAUGCAAAGUCACAGUUCAUUUUACUGAGACGCAGUUCCAGGAAAUUAUAUUCCACCUGGCGACUAUCAUAUUUUACCUACAUCAUGUGGGUGUUUCCCACCUUAAUUCUGGCUGUUUGUCCCAGGUACUGGGACUGGCGAGGCGGGGAAGGUUCUCUUUUCUCGAUUUUCACAAACGCAGUACUCCACAUCGCAAUCUACACCUUUAUUCUCCACCUGGUGUUUGGCAAAACUCCAACCCUCGACUCUGAAAUCACUCUCUCGGAAGUGCUCGAGGGCAACCUCAACGGAUUUGAAAUGGAACUCGACUACAAAGCACACAACCCAGUCUACAAAUUUAAAAAGUUCUCAUCUCAAUAUAAUUUACUCUAAUAUCAUAAAAGGCCUU